CAUUGAAAAGUUGUUAUUGAAAAUGGGAUUUGCCGACAGAUGGGUGAAGAUCAUAUUGGAUUGCGUGAUUACGAUCAAGUACUCUUUUAUUAUCAAUGGGAAUGUGUGUGGUUCUGUGACUUCGACUAGAAUCCUCCGUCAAGGAGACCCCCUAUCCCCGUAUUUUUUCAUCCUUGUUGCAGAUGCUUUUUCAGGCUUAAUGCAUAAAGCUUUGGUUGAUGGGGCUAUUCAUGGAGGCAGAGCUAGUCGUAAGGGGCCGGAGAUCUCUCAUCUUCUUUUUUGCGGACGAUAGUCUUCUCUUUGAAAGAGUCAAUCAAAGGGAGUGUUUGAAGAUUGUUGAAAUUCUCAACAUAUACGAGCAGGCUUCCGGGCAGAAAAUUAACUAUGACAAAUCGGAGGUUUCUUUUAGCAAAGGUGUUAGCAUCCCAAGACAAGAAGAAUUGUUGAGUGUUCUAUCAAUGAGGCGAGUCAACAAGCAUGAGAAAUACUUUGGAGUCCUAACCAUUAUAGGGAAAUAAAAAAAGAUGGUCUUUUCGACGCUCAAGGAUAGGAUUUAGAAAAAAUUGUCAAGUUGGAAAGAAAUUUUUUAUCAAGAGCAAGGAUGGAGAUUCUCAUAAAAUCAGUGAUUUAGGCCAUUCCCACAUACAUCAUGGGGGUAUAUAAUAUUCCAGCAGGGGUAAUUGAUGAUAUUCAUGCUAUGAUUGCUCGUUUCUGGUGGGGUCAAGAAAAUGAUAAAAAAGAGUACAUUGGAAAAGUUGGGAGGAUCUUUGUACUCUGAAGUGCCUUGGUGGGAAGUGUUUUAGAGAUUUAAAGGUUUUCAAUGAUGCCCUUUUAGGUCGUCAAGCUUGCCGCCUUACGAGUAAUCCGGACUCCCUCUUGAACAAAGUACUUAGUGCAAAGUACUAUGCGGGGAAGACAUUCAUCAAGGCUCAUCUUGGUGUUGGGGGAAGCUAUUCUUGGCAAAGCAUUUGGUCCUCAAAGGCUUUGUUCAAGGAGGGUUUGAUUUAAAGAAUAGGGAACGGAUCGUUGGUGAACAGGGGAAAGCCUUGGGUCGAUAAUGGGGAUAGCUGCUUCAUAAGCACGCCGGUAUCCAAUGAGGGUCAAGUUGUUAGCGACUUGAUUGAUCAUAAUUCUGGUGAGUGGGAUGUGCAAUGCAUAGAGAACAUAUUCAAUGAUAAGGAUGUCCGCAACAUACUUACAAUCCCCUUGAGCUCGAAGGCCGAUCCAGAUUUACUCACUUGGGCUUUCUCUAUAGAUGGCUGCUACUUUGUCAAAUCGGCCUAUAUGUCGGGUAAGUCAUGCAAUCUUGAUAUUUUUCAUAAGUCUUGGUUAGAUAAUUGGAGUUUGGACAUCACCUCGAAAGUUUGUCACUUCCUGUGGCGAUUGUGCACUAGAACUCUCCCUGUUAGAGCCUACCUUAAGUACAUGCACAUGACUGGAACCUCGGAUUGCCUGUGGUGCGUUGGUGUUCCCGAAACAGUUCAGCAUGCCUUCUUCGACUGUCCUUCAGUUCGAGACCUUUGAGUGGAAUGUGAGUGAACGGAAAUGUCCCUUUGGCAGAAUGAUAUGUCGUUCCUCGACUUGAUGGAGUCUUGGGGCAAACUUGAUGCAAAGAAGGUAUGCAGGGGAGCAAUUCUAAUGUGGAACCUGUGGAAUAGAAGAAAUAAUAUGGUGUUCAAUGGCAAGGAGGUUUACCACCCCAUCAUUGUUGAGCGUGUUUUCCGAUUGGCAAUCGAUUGUAGCUCAUAUGCGAAGAGAAUUUAUGGAGGCAUCAAGAAACCUUCCAGCCGUAGCCCGAAAGUUUGGAAAGCCCCACCUGAAGGUACGAUUAAAUUGAAUUGUGAUGCAUCGCUUAGUGUUGAAGGGUGGGUGGGACUUGGAGUCACAACAAGAGAUUGGAAAGGGGACGUUCUUUUCGCAGCUACUCGCCGAGUUAGAGCUCACUGGCCCCCGAUCAUAGCUAAAGCUCACUGCUGCCAUGGCCAUCAAACUUGCCAGGAGCCACGAUCUCUCUGACAUUAUUAUUGAGGGGGACAACCAAGUGCCAAUCAAUCGAUUAUCCAAGGCUUCAAUUUUCUUCACUGAUCUAGAUAACAUUCUUGAUGAUAUUUUAGCUUCUUGUUGCGUUUUUAAUUCCGUUACUAUAUGUCAUGUUAGACGGGAGGGUAAUGUUAUUGCUCAUAAUUUAGUCUGAUUAACGCCUUUUGGUAUAGAGCAAAUUUGGGAGAACUAUAGUCCUUGUGAGGUUUCUCCAUAUGUUUUGAUGGAUAAAUUAUCAAUAUAAUGACACCUUAACGGGUUAAAAAAAAAAGUAGCGUAAAGAAUCAAACCAGCACACUUGAAAAAAACCGGAAUUCAAAUCUUCCAUUGUACGAGUAUUUCCUUUUAUUUUCCAGUUUGGGUCAAUCUUCUUUGUAAAAAAGGAUUGAAAGUAAAUACCGUAGCACAAAAAAGUACCCCGUAUUCCCGUAAUGCAAUGAUACUCCAAAAGUCCAAAUAAAAAUUUAAAUUUUUUUAAACACACUUCACAUUCACUACAAAUUCGCGCCAAACACCUCAACCUUCCUUUUUUUUUCCCCUUUCUUACACACAAAAUAAAGAGAAAAUUAAACAAAUCCCUAAAAAUCAAACAAAAUUUCCCAUUUUUAUUACAAAAAAUCAUCAAAUCCUUCAAAAUCAAUCUCUCUGAAAUUCUACUUUUGUAACGCUCGUUUCAAUUUUUUUGGUUUUCUCUCUCCUCAAAAAUUUCCCAAUUUCUAGGGUUUUUGUAAAAUUAUUGGGGGUUUCACCAUUGAUUCUCUUCACUUUAUUCAUUCGAUAUGAGAGCGGCUUCUUCUCAGUCUCACUCUCAGACUACUUGUGGUACUCUACUCCAAGAAUUGCAGAAAAUAUGGGAUGAAAUUGGGGAGAAUGAUAGCGAAAGAGACAGGAUGCUUUUAGAACUUGAGCAAGAAUGCCUUGACAUUUACCGAAGGAAGGUGGAGAAUACAAGGAAGUACAAAUCUGAUCUUUAUCAAACACUUGCUGAGGGUGAAGCUGAAAUUGCUAGACUAAUGUCAACACUUGGAGAGAGGGCCUCUUUUACGCGGGCAAAGGGCACUCUCAGAGAGCAGCUAUCUUCUGUAAAACCUACCUUAGAUGAUUUGAGAUUAAAGAAACUGCAAAGAGUAAAAGAAUUCUCUGACAUUGAGUCCCAGAUUAUUCGUAUUUGUGCUGAGAUAGCUGGGAAUGAUCAGUUUAUAAAUAAUGCUGAACCUCAAGUGGAUGAACAAGACUUAACUGUACAAAGGCUAGCUGAACGUAAAUCACAUCUUGAAGAGCUUCAGAAUGAGAAGGCUCUCCGUUUGCAGAAAGUUAAUAGUCACAUAAGUGCUAUUCAUGAGUUAUCAGUCGUAAUGUCUCUUGACUUUAGAUCAACGGUAGAUGAGGUCCACCCUUCUUUGGUUGAUCAUGGAUAUGGCCAGUUGAAGAGCAUAAGUAAUGAUACUCUUGCUAAGCUGACAGGUGUUGUGAAGUCUUUAAAGCAAGAAAAGCAGCGACGGUUGCAAAAGAUUCAAGAUUUGGGUAGUGCUCUUAUGGAGUUGUGGAGUCUCUUGGACACCCCAACUAUCGAGCAGAAAAAGUUUGAGAAUGUCACAUCCUUAAUUUCUUCGUCUGUUGACGAGGUUUCCAGAUCUGGUUCCCUUUCACUGGAUGUCCUUGAGCGGACUGAAAUUGAAGUUGAGCAGUUGAAUACUCUUAAAGCCAGCAAGAUGAGAGAGCUAGUGCUGAAGAGGCAAACUGAAUUAGAAGAAAUAUAUAGAGGGGUUCAUGUGGAUGUAGACAGUGAUGCAGCAAGGAAAAUGCUGAUCAACCUCAUAGAUUCUGGCAAAGUAGAUAUGUCUGAGAUGCUCUUUCGUAUGGAUGAUCAAAUAAGACAAGCUAAAGAAGAAGCUCAGAACAGGAAGGAUAUACUAGAUAGAGUUGAGAAGUGGAAGCAUGCUUCAGAGGAAGAAAUUUGGCUAGAUGGAUAUGAAAAGGAUGAUAAUAGAUACUGUGCUGGUAGAGGAGGACAUAAAAAUUUGAAAAGAGCAGAAAAGGCAAGGACUCUAGUCGGCAAAAUUCCAUCUCUUGUUGAGAGUUUAAUAACGAAAGUUAAAGCUUGGGAGGUAGAGAAAGGAAUGACAUUCCUGUAUGAUAAGGAGCCUUUGUUACAUCAAUUAGAAGAAUACACCUUACAGCGUCAGCAGAGGGAAGAAGAGAAACGUAGAACUCGGGAGCAGAAAAAGUUGCAAGAACAGCUUGCUACUGAAAAAGAAGCGCUCUAUGGUUCAAAGCCUAAUAAAAAGCCUUUGGGUCAGAGCACCAAUAAUAAUACAAUGGUCGGAACUCCCAAUACUCGUAGGAUAGGAACUCCUUCAGGGCGUCUUGGGAUCUCAGGUAGUAAAGAGCGCAGAGAUAGCGCAAGAGUUAUACCAGUGAACUUUGUAGCACUCGCCAAGGAUGAUCCAGUGUCUCGUGGUACCUGACCUUGAUGCAAUUUGGUUUGAUGGCCUUAAUAUGGUUGAGAAAGAGGACUUUCAGGAUGAAUGAAUGCUGAAAUAGUUCUUUCGUAGUGUACACACCAAUAGUUUAGGAGGGUCAUUCAUGUCUGAAUCUGUCAAAAUUGAUAUUUCUGGAGGGUGCAUAUUUUCUGAAGUUAGUUGCUAGUAUCUGUUAAAAGCUUGAAUCUGUUAAUAUAGGGUGAAUUCAGAGAACUGCAUAUUUUCUGAAACUAGUUACUGAUAUGUUUUAAAUUGCCGAACUUAACAAGUAAUUAUAUGUUUUGUAAGAAUUCUUUGGUGGCGAGCAAAUCGUUGAACCCUCGUGUUAGUUUUACAGUGUUUAUAGGACAAUAACAUAACAUGAUUACAAUGUUAUAGGGGGGUUGAAAGUUCUGAGGAUCUAUGUUACUUUUACACUUCAUUUUAUGGUUUACAAAUUGGACAAGCAAGAGAAGCGUGGGACGAUUUUGCCAUUUGAUAAACAAAA